AUGUCAGGAAGACAAGCUGGAAAAGCUAAGCCACUCAAGGCACCAAAGAAGGAUAAGAAGGACUUCGAUGAUGAGGACAUCGCCUUUAAAGCGAAGCAAAAGGCAGAAGAGAAGGCGAAAGCAGAAGCUAUCAAAAAGUUGGGCGGAAAAAAGUAA